ACGGAUGGAAGUAACACAAGCUGGCAAUUAUUCUACUGACAUGUAAUAUAUAUAUAUAUAUACUUGGAUAUUUAUAUCACACCUCGGAUUCUUGAAUUGAGUGGCGAUCGUGAUUGAGGGAUCCACCUCUUGUGCAGUGCUGUGAGCAAUUCAAUCCAUUCCAUUCCCUUCCCAGCGGAACUGUCAAUUCCAUACCAUUCCCCAUCUUUCUAGCUGUAACUUGGACUAUACCACACCACACCACACCACACCACACCCUUAGCUAGCUUGUCCUUGUCCACGUUCAGAACAGUAUCACUCGCAUCGCAUUUCUUCUUUCCAUAUAUAUCUAAAAAAACAACUCCACCAAUUACUUCUCGCACCUUCUCCCUAGCAAGCUCUCCAUUUCAUUCAUCUAUUUCUUUCUUUCUUUUUUUUUCUUUCUGCGGCCGGCGUACCAAUUCCGUUCCGAAUCCUAAUGACUUUUAAUGGAAUGCUCCCGUUCUUCCCUGCAAACUUGUUGCUGCACCAAAAUUCCAACGAGGAGGAGCACCGUCAGCUGCAAUCCCAUAUGGACGCGGGAGGAUUAGCCGAGAUGGAUCGAGGGAAAAGAGCCUUAAUGUCAUUCUCGAGCAGUGAGGCUCCAGCGCUGAGCUUGGAGGAGAACAGUCUCUCCGACAACGGAUUGGCCGCCGCUGGGGAGAGAAAGAAGAGGCUGAGUUCGGAGCAGAUACGGGUUUUGGAGAAGAAUUUUGAGAUGGGGAGGAAACUCGAUACCGAGAGGAAGGUAGAGUUGGCCAGGACGCUGGGGCUGCAGCCGCGGCAGGUUGCGAUUUGGUUUCAAAACCGGAGGGCGAGGUGGAAGACCAAGCAGAUGGAGGAGGAGUACGACGAGCUCCAGCGGCAGUUUGAGGUCGUCAAAGAGGAGAACGGACGGUUACAGGCAGAGAACAAGAGACUUCUUUCCGAGAGGAAGGGAAACGUCGACUUGCGAGCCCAUCAACCUGAACAAGGAAGCACAGGCCUCUUGCAGCAUCCGGAUGGACGCCGACUUGGACAUCUCCAGGACAUCCCAACUCCUUUUCGGUAGCUCCUCCGGCCGAGAAAUUUCCAAGGAGGAAAACAGCUGCAUCCGACAAGGCAACUUCUGCAGCAUGUUAGAUGAUCAGUCAGCCUUCUGGGUGUGGUCAGAGCACAACAAGUUUCACCAACACUAAAAGUGCCGACGAAGUUAUUUAUAUUAAUUAAUUCCAAUUCCAUGGCGUGGUGUAUGCUGCUGUAAGUUCAAUAUAAUUUUCAGACGAAGUUUCUAGCCGACCGAUCGAUCGAUCGAUCAUCGAUCGAACAGUUUGGAGAA